GCACACGAAGGCAAAAGCCAUCUCGCUCUAAACUAGAGUGCUUCAAUGCUUAAAAAGUCUUUGGUUCACACCAUCAUUUCAUGCCUGCUGUCCUGAGCGUAAGAACUUUUGUUUCCUCUCCGCUCAGUACACUUUGCUUCAAACCAUCUAGCCACUCUUGUUUAAUCCUCUGCCGCUCCUGAACCAAGCCAUGCCCAUCGGAGAGCUCUUUCUUGGCGCCUUCCUUCAGGUGCUGUUUGAUAGGUUGGCCUCUCCCCAGCUGCUCAACUUAGCGCGGCGCGAGGGGAUCGAUAAGCUGCUGAAGAAGUGGGAAAAGAGGCUGAAGAAGAUCGACAGGCUGCUGGAUGAUGCGGAGGACAAGCAACUAACCGGCAAUGCUGAAGUGGAGUCGUGGCUCGAAGAUCUUAGGAACUUGGCCUAUGACAUCGACGACUUGCUUGAUGAGUUCGCCACAAAAUCGGCGGAAAACGAGUCCAAGGCGGAACCCGGCUGUAGCACGGCGCGAUCCCUUCUUCCGAGUUGCUGCUUCAAAAUGAGCCCGCGUGCAUUUAUGUUUGAUCGCGAAAUGAGAUUCAAGAUAGAAGAGAUGGAUCAAAGAUUAAAGGGGAUCAUAACUCUGAAAGAUGGACUUAACCUGAAAGAGAAUGGUGGUCAGCGAUCAGCACACGGCAGACUGGACACCACGAGCUUGCCAGAAGCUUGUUUCGUCAGUCGGGUGGACGAAAAAAGGGAGAUCCUCAAAUUACUGACCGCAGAAGAAAGUGCAUAUUUGAAAGUGAUUCCCAUAGUAGGGAUGGGGGGUGUUGGGAAGACAGCCCUGGCUCAGCAAGUCUACAAUGAUGCUAGAGUCACCAAAUGUUUCGAUGUAAAAGCAUGGGCUUGCGUUUCCGAUGUUUUCGACCUGCUUGCUGUUACAAAGAAGAUCCUUGAGACUGUCCCUGGCCAUCUGUCCUGUGAAGGUAAGGGUCUGAAUUGGCUUCAGGAGAAGCUCAAGGAACACCUUGCGGGAAAGAAGUUUCUUGUCGUUUUAGACGAUAUUUGGAACGAGAAUUAUAACAACUGGACUAUCCUCUUGAAGCCUUUCCAAUGCGGAGCGAAGGGAAGCAAGAUCGUCAUCACGACUCGGAAUUUUCGCGUUGCUGAAAUAGCCCGUGCUCCACCCUAUACUCUCAAAGUUUUACCAGGAAAGGCUUGUUUGACUUUGUUCGCACUUCAUGCUCUUGGAGUCGAAAAUUUCGAUCAACAUCCUGAUCUUGAAGAAUAUGGUCUGAAAAUAGUGGAAAAAUGCCAAGGGUUGCCAUUAGCCGUGAAGACUUUGGCUGGGCUGCUAAGCUUUAAAGUCAGUCGCCAAGAAUGGGAAGAUGUGUUGAACAGUAAAAUUUGGGACCCGCAAGAAGGAAGUAAUGACAUCCUUCCCGCUUUGAAACUUAGCUAUCUCCAUCUCCCUUCCAAUCUGCGGAGAUGUUUCGCUUACUGCUCUAUAUUUCCCAAAGACUACGAAAUCGAACGGGACGAGUUGAUUCACUGGUGGAUCGCGGAGGGCUUGCUGGGGGGAAAAGAAGGAAAGAACCGUUGGAAUACAGGUUUGAAAUUUUUCAACGAGCUAGUAUCUAGAUCAUUACUUCAGAAGUCAAGUAGCAGCGAAUCACUAUUUUUGAUGCAUGAUCUUGUGAAUGACCUGGCAAAAUCAGUUGCCGGUGCAACCCAUUUUAGCUCAGGGGAGCUUGAGGGUGAUCAAACUAACGCAUCUUUUGCUCGGCAUGCCUCAUUCAUUCCCACCGAUUACAUUGCGCCAGAAAGAUUCAAGAUAUAUCGUCGAAUGGGGGGACUGAGGAGCUUCAUAUCACUAAGGAAGCAAUCUGGGGAUGAUGAAAGGUCCUGUUUGUCCCAGGAAGUGCUAUGUGACUUGUUGUUGGCAUUAAAGCACUUGAGGGUGCUUUCUUUGAGCUACUAUUACAUCAGCGAGGUACCGGAUUGCAUUGGCAGAUUGAGGCACCUAAGGCACCUCAAUUUGUCAUAUACUGAUAUUGAAACGCUUCCAAUGUCAAUUGCUGCAUUGUCCAACCUCGAGUGGUUGGUGUUGCGGGGAUGUGACCGGCUUAUCAAAUUACCCGAAGGUAUGGAGAAACUUAUCAAUUUGAGAUUUCUCGAUAUUACGGACACUCCGAAAUUAGGAGCAAUACCGCAUAUAGGUAAUUUGGAGGGUCUUGAAAUGUUAUCCAAUUUUGUAGUGGGAACGGAAAAUGGGUCGGGAUUGAAGGAGUUAAAAAACCUGAACAACCUUCGAGAGGAAUUGUGCAUCUCUGAUUUGCAUAUGGUUCAAGAAGCCAAAGAUGCCAACGAUGCCUGUUUACACACGAAGGAGGGACUAUGCCGAUUAACCAUGCGAUGGACUGAAGAUUUUGCUGGUUUCCGAAACGAAGAGCUUGAAGCAAAAGUCCUCGACUUUCUUCGCCCUCACCGAAACCUUGAAAAUCUUGUGAUAUUCUACUAUGGUGGCCUACAAUUCCCAUCAUGGUUAGGAAGUCCCUCCCAUGUUAACAUAGUGUGUUUACGUUUACAUGGGUGUCGUAGGGCCGAAGCAUUACCAUCACUCGGGCAGCUAUCUUCGCUGAAAGAACUGUACAUCGAAGGUUUAAAUGCAGUAGUCAGGGUAGGCCCCGAUUUUUAUGGAAGUAACAGCCCUUUUCCGUCCUUAGUAACUUUGGAGUUCAAGGACAUGCCGCUGUGGGAGGACUGGAUUGUCCCAAGUUGA